GAGAGAGAGAGAGACGGAGAGAGAGAGAAAGAUGAGUAUACAUUCGUCCAGGACUUAGAACCGCAGCCGGGUGAUGGAGGAGUCAACGUGUGGGGCAUGUUCCGGUGGCACCGGCUCACAGACCUGCGGGUGAGGGCACCACUCCCAAAGGACCACCGACCACCCACCCUACCCUACCCUACCGGGCAGCAGAGUGUGGGGCAUCGUGGACCGCAGGGCAUCGGGUCGGCAUGAACGUUCACCAGAUGGCCUUGCGCUGGGCAUGCCUGGUCUGCCUGUACCCACUAGCCCUGGGCGGCAGCACCCACCUGCCCAACGGGCGCAAGAGGAGCAAGGACGUCUUCCUGGGGGAGAAGACCCGGCACAAACACGGAGGGCGGAUAGACUUUAAAAUGAAGAAAUCAGACAGCACCAAGUCUCUGCUCAUAAAAUCCGAACAGCUACUGAGGAUUGAGGACCAUGACUUUGCUAUGAGGCCUGGCUUUGGAGGUUCAGCCAUACCUGUGGGUAUCGAUGUUCAGGUUGAAAGCAUCGACAGCAUCUCUGAAGUCAACAUGGACUUCACCAUGACCCUGUACCUGAGGCACUAUUGGCAGGACGACCGCCUGGCGUUCCCCUCCAGUAACAAUAAGAGCCGCACGUUUGACGCCCGGCUGGUGAAGAAGAUCUGGGUUCCGGACGUGUUCUUCGUCCACUCCAAACGUUCCUUCAUCCACGACACCACGAUGGAGAACAUCAUGCUGAGGGUCUAUCCUGAUGGGAACAUCCUCUACAGUGUUAGGGUGACUGUAACAGCUCUGUGUUCUAUGGACUUCAGCAGUUUCCCCCUGGACACACAAAACUGCUCUCUAGAAUUGGAGAGUUACGCCUAUAAUGAGAAUGACCUCAUGCUCUACUGGAAGAACGGGAACGAUUCACUAAGGACUGAUGAGAUCGUGCUCUCACAGUUUUUUAUUGAAGAAUUCCAGCCUUCCUACGGGCUAGCCUUUUACAGCAGCACCGGCUGGUAUAACCGCCUGUACAUCAACUUCAUCCUGCGGAGACACAUCUUCUUCUUCAUGCUGCAGACCUACUUCCCCACCAUGCUGAUGGUCAUGCUCUCCUGGGUGUCCUUCUGGAUCGACCGCAGAGCCGUCCCCGCACGUGUCUCCCUCGGCAUCACCACAGUGCUGACCAUGUCCACCAUCAUUACGGGCGUGUCGGCGUCCAUGCCCCAGGUGUCUUACGUGAAGGCGGUGGACAUCUACCUGUGGUCCAGCUUCCUCUUCGUUUUCCUGUCGGUCAUCGAGUACGCGGCGGUCAACUACUUCACCACGGUGGAGGAGAUGAAGAAACUGAAGAAGAGCACAGCCACAGGCCUGGUUCCCACCACAUACAACACUAACCAGGCCAUGGCUUUUGACGGCUGUUUCCAUGACGAGAUUGACCUCUCACCUUUCCCCGAGCUGCCCACCACGCCCACCACGGACCGCGCGGCACCCCCACGGAACUCCAGCUCGGCGGCGGAGCCGGCCCCGACAGAGGGCACGCGGCUAUGGCGACGGCGCUCGGUACGCCACAACCUCAAGUUCAUCAUGAGCAACAGCUACAUGAUUGAUUCGUACUCGCGCAUCAUCUUCCCCCUCGCCUACCUGCUCUUCAACAUCAUCUACUGGUGCAUGUACUCCUGAGACACACACACACACACACGCACGCACGCACACAUGUACACACACACACGCAUGCACACACACACACACACACACACUACUACCCUGGCCCUCUGAAUCGUCCAGUUCCUUAUCGACUGGUCACCACUAUAGUACCUCUGUACCCCACUGCUGCACUACCAUGUACUACAACACACCACAGUGUGCACUAUAGUACUGCACCUUUUUCUACUUCAGUAUACUACAGAUCCACAUUACAGUACUUCAGUAUACUACAGAUCCACACUACAGUACUUCAGUAUACUACAGAUCCACACUACAGUAAAGCUACCCAGCAGUAGCAGUUACAGGAACAGGAAGACAUCAUCAUGAUCUCCAUGACGACAGAACUCUUACUUCUUUGACUGCCAUGAGCCCAUUUUGGUUCUGCCUCCGCAGCAGAACCUAGAACCUAGAACUUCUACGGCACACACACACACACACAAAGAACCUACGGAGACGCAAUGAAUGAUGAGCAAACAGGCUGCCCAAGUGCACCCUGGGAGAUUAGAGACAGAGCCGGAGAGGAUUCUGGGAUAUCUGAAUGCAGUGCACCCUGGGAGAUUGCAGUCAGAGAGCAUUCUGGGAUAUCUGAAUGCAGUGCAUCCUGGGAGAUUGCAGUCAGAGAGCAUUCUGGGAUAUCUGAAUGCAGUGCAUCCUGGGAGAUUGUUUUUUUUUUAUAUUAAGAGGUGGCGGACAUAUCCGUGAUGUAAUACUCCUGAUAUUCUGAUGCGUCCCAUUGUGAUGGCAGUAGCUGUAUCUGUCCAGUGGAGGCUGGAGUGGACGGCUGCAGCGGAGGCUGUCCAGUGGAUGCUGUGGAGGCUGUCCAGUGUUUAUUGACUAUAACAGCGGCACAGUCCAGCAGUCCAGCUGAACAGUCUAACUUCUGCCGUCAUAGAAGCUGCCACAUGUUUAUGAGGGUUUUUAUUUCAGCGUCGUCUACAGAUGUUCAUAUAGCAGUUCAUAAAUACUUAUUUACAUUUAUACAUUGCAUUUAACUUUUGUUUAUUAUUUUAUUUCAAUUCAGU